GCUGCAGAUCCUCCGGCUCGCUCGGCCCCGAUCCUCCGAGUGCGCCGCCACCUCCUACAGCCGCCCGCAUCCCCGAGCGGCGUUCCCUGCGGCCGCGGCAGCUGCAGCAUCCUCGCCCGCCGCCAUGGAAGACAUGUACCAGUCGUCCUUGGUCUCCUCGUCGGCCGACAGCCCGCCCGGGCCCGAGCCCCCGUUUAAGUAUCAGUUCGUGAAGGAGCCGGAGGACGACGACGAGGAGGAGGACGAGGAAGACGAAGAAGAAGACGAGGAUCUGGAAGAGCUGGAGGUGCUGGAGAGGAAGCCCGCCACGCUGUCGGCCUCGCCCCUGCUGGACUUGGGCCACGACUCGGUCCCCCCGGCGCCCCGGGGACCUCUGCCGACCGCGCCCCCCGCCGGCCCAGAGCGGCCGCCCGCCUGGGACCCGAGCCCCGUGUCGGCGCUGCCCGGGGACGACGAACCUCCGAGCCGCCCGCCGCCGCCGCCCCCCGCCGGCCCCUCCGGUCCUGCCAGGACGCCGCCCGCACCGGUGCAGGUCCCGGCCCCCGCCCCCGGCCCGGGCCCCGCCGCACCCCCGUCCACACCGGCCGCGCCCAGGCGCCGGGGCUCGUCGGGCUCCGCGGAUGAGACACUUUUUGCUCUUCCUGCUGCAUCUGAGCCUGUGAUACACUCCUCUGCAGAAAAAAAUAUGGACUUGAAGGAGCAGCCAGGUAACGCUGUUUCCACUGGGCAAGAGGAUUUCCCAUCUGUCCUGCUUGAAACUGCUGCUUCUCUUCCUUCUCUGUCUCCCUUCUCAGCUGCUACUUUUAAAGAACAAGAAUACCUUGGUAAUCUGUCAGCAGUAUUGCCCUCCAAAGGGUCACUUGAAGAAACUUCAGAUGAAGCUUCUAAAGAGCUCUCAAAGAAGGCUACAAAUCCAUUUGUAGACAGAGAUUUAACCAAAUAUUCAGAGUUGGAAUACUCAGAAAUGGGAUCGGCACCCAGUGACUUUCCCAAAGCUGAAUCUGCUAGAGUAGUAGCACACCCUAGGGAAGACACCCUGGGGAAGAGCAAAGAUGGAGAAGAGGAUUUAGUUCCUAGUAACAUCUUUCAUAGUCAGCAAGCAUUACCUGGAGCCCUUGCUAAAUCUGUUAAAGAAGAGGACAAGGUUAUUUCUCUGGAGAAAACAAUGGAGGGUUUGAAUGUGAAGGGAGGUGCAGCCGAGAUUCCUAUGAGGGAGGAGUAUGCAGACUUCAAACCGUUUGAGCAGGUCUGGGAAGUAAGAGGUUCUUAUAAGGAAGCUGGCGAUGUGUUGGCUGCCGAAGGUAAAGUAGAGAGUAAAUCGGGAAAUCAAAUGGCUAAGAACUAUUUCACAGAUAGCCUUGAACAAGCUGAUCAUGAAAAAGACAGUGAAAGCAGUAAUGAGGACACUUCUUUCCCCAGUACACCAGAAGCUGCGAACACUGGUUCAGGGGCGUAUAUCACAUGUGCUCCUCUGAGCCCAGCGGCAGCAGAAAGUGCCCCAACAAAUACUUCUCCUUUGUUGGAAGACCGUGCUUCUGAAAAUAAGACCGACGAGAAGAAGAUAGAAGAAAAACAAGCCCAGAUUGUAACGGAGAAGAACACUGGCACCAAAGCAUCAAAUCCAUCUCUGGUGUCAACACAGGACUCUGAGACAGAUUAUGUCACAACAGAGAGUUUAUCAAAGGUGGCUGAGGAAGAAGUGACAGGCAUGCCUGAAGGUCUGACUCCAGAUUUAGUCCAGGAAGCAUGCGAAAGUGAGUUGAAUGAGGUGACAGGUGCAAAGAGUGCUUUUGAAACAAAGAUGGACUUGGUUCAAACAUCCGAGGCCCUGCAGGAGUCACUGUACCCUGUCACACAGCUCUGCCCCUCAUUUGAGGAAGCUGAAGCUACUCCUUCCCCAGUUUUGCCUGACAUCGUAAUGGAAGCACCAUUGAACUCUACAGUUCCUGGUGCUGGGGCUUCUGUGGUACAGCCCAGUGCAUCACCAGGGGAAGCUCCUCCUCUAGCUAGCUAUGAAGGCCUGAAACUUGAGCCCGAAAACCCCCCACCAUAUGAAGAGGCCAUGAACGUAUCACUCAAAAAUGUGUCAGGAGCAAAAGAAGCAAAAGAGGCAGGAAGUAGGAAUGCAGCUGUUCAAGAGACAGAAGCUCCUUAUAUCUCAAUCACAUGCGAUUUAAUUAAAGAAACAAAGCUCUCCACCGAAGCAACUCCAGAUCUCUCUGAUUAUUCUGAAAUAAAGGUCGAACAGCCCACACCUGACCAUUUGGAGCUAGUCGAAGAUUCCUCCCCUGAUUCUGAACCAGUUGAUUUAUUUAGUGAUGAUUCCAUAGCUGAAAUCCCACAGAAGCAAGAUGAAACCAUGACGCCUGGGGACGGAAAUCUCAUGGAAAGGUCACCCGAGUUAAUGAUGAAACACGAAAAUAAGGCAAACCGCGGGGCUUUACCACCACCCGAGACAGGAAAGCCAUAUUUGGAAUCUUUCCAGCCCAAUUUAGAUGGUACAGAAGAUAGCUUACUAGCUGACAGAGUCUCAGCUUUAAACCUCAAAGAGAAAAUCCGUUUGCAGACGGAGGAGCUCAACACGAUGGCUUACUCAGCCGAUGACUUUUUUGGCUCCAAGGAAGCAAAAAUAAGAGAGAGCGAGACACUUUCAGAUUCAUCUCCAAUUGAGAUAAUAGACGAGUACCCUCCAUUUGUCACUUCUAAGACUGAUUCCCCCCCACAACUAGACAGGGAGUACACUGACCUAGAAGUAGUUCAGAAAAGUGAAAUUGCUCACGUCCAGGAUGGAGUCAAGUCACUGCCUUGUUCAGAGUUGCCCCAUGACCUUUCUUUCAAGAGCGCACAAGCUAAAGUCGAAGAUACAGCUCAUGUCUCUGAUGACUCCUCCAAAGACAAGCCUGCGACUGAAGCGGUGUCCUUUCUGCUGCCAGAUGUUCCUGUGUUGCCCACUCAGACAGAGAUAGGCAGUACAGUUAAACCCAGAGUUACUGUGAAAGAAGCUGAGAAAAAUCUUCCUACUGACACAGAGAAAGAGAACAGAGCACCAUCUGCUAUAUUUUCAGCAGAGCUGAGUAAAACUUCAGUUGUUGACCUCCUCUACUGGAGAGACAUUAAGAAGACUGGAGUGGUGUUUGGUGCCAGUUUAUUCCUGCUGCUUUCACUGACAGUAUUCAGCAUUGUGAGUGUAACGGCCUACAUUGCCUUGGCUCUCCUCUCUGUGACUAUCAGCUUUAGGAUAUAUAAGGGUGUGAUCCAGGCUAUCCAGAAAUCAGAUGAAGGCCACCCAUUCAGAGCAUAUCUGGAGUCAGAAGUGGCUAUAUCUGAGGAGCUGGUUCAGAAAUACAGCAGUUCUGCUCUUGGUCAUGUGAACUGCACAAUAAAAGAACUCAGACGUCUCUUCUUAGUUGAUGAUUUAGUUGAUUCUCUGAAGUUUGCAGUGUUGAUGUGGGUAUUUACCUAUGUUGGUGCCUUGUUCAAUGGUCUGACACUACUGAUUUUGGCUUUGAUUUCACUCUUCAGUGUUCCUGUUAUUUAUGAGCGGCAUCAGGCCCAGAUAGAUCAUUAUCUAGGACUGGUAAAUAAGAAUGUUAAAGAUGCCAUGACUAAAAUCCAAGCAAAAAUCCCUGGAUUAAAGCGUAAAGCUGAAUGAAAAGCCUGAACUGAGUAACCAUAGUUGAUUUUUAAAGGGGGGGAGGGGUGUUCAUUUGAUUAUGCGGGGGUGGGGCGGAUGGAGCCUGGACAUUGCAGUUUCACAGAUCUUUAUUUUUAGUGAUGCAGUGUCUGAACUGCCAUGUUCACCAUCUGAAGUAUUGUAAGCUGCUAUGUGUGGAUCUAAACUGUAAUCACAUCUGUUUUUCCCAUAUGAGGCACUGGUAAAGAUCUGACAAAGCUGUAUCAUACUUUGUUGCAGGUAGUCUUGCUGUAUUUGGGGACUUAAGAUUUAAAAAAAAAAUCCUUUUCACAGUUUGUGCACUGUGUCUGGUCUGUGUAGAAUGAUGCAGUUUUUUUUUUAAAUAUUUAGAUGAGAUCAUACCAGUAAGGCAGAAAGAGGCUUGCCUUUCUGGUAUCUUCUAGGUGUAUUGUGAAUUUUACUGUUAUAUUAAUUGCCAAUAUAAGUAAAUAUAGAUAUAUAUAUAUAAUCUAUAUAUAGUGUU